AUGGAACCCCGCCCAAAGCUCAUCCGACGGCACCGCCUGCUGCCACCGACAGCGCCGACAGCAGCAUCGAAAGCCACGGAGGCUGGAUCGGCUGAGAAUGCAGCGGGGCAGUUCGGCGAGACACCCUUGCUUAUGGCGUCUGCAAGGGGGCACGCGCCCCUGGUGGAGCUCUUGCUUGCUGCCCGCGCGAAUGUAGAUACAGCUCGCAGAGACAGUGGAGAAUCAGCUUUGUACAUGGCAUGUGAGAAUGGACACGUCGAGGUUGCCCGCCAGCUGAUCGAGGCAAAUGCUGACAAAGAUAAGGCUCGCACAGCUGACGGGGCAACGCCACUUUCCGUGUUUUGCGAUUUCAGGCAUGUGGACAUUGUACGUUGCCUAUUGGAAGCCCGCGCUGAUGGCGGGAAGGCUAUGACUCGAGAUAACUUGACCCCCCUCUUUUUUGCCUGUGAAGCGGGCCACCUUGAGAUUGCCUGCAUGUUGCUAGACAGCAAAACGUCGGUGGACGCUGCACGUGUCAGUGAUGGAGCAACACCACUAUUCAUUGCCUGCCAGAAAGGUUACACUCCGUUGGUGCGCGCACUUCUGGAACAUUCUGUCGACGUUGAUCUAGCCCGCACGGACAUUGGAGCGACACCACUCCUAGUGGCUACCGAAUUCGGAUGGGUGGACGUCGUCAAGCUACUACUACAAAUACGGGCAGACAACGAGAAAGCCCGCUCAGAUGAUGGUGCGACGCCCUUGUGUACCGCGUGUCAGCACGGUCGCUUGGACGUCGCGCGCCUCUUGCUGGAGCAUGGCGCCAGUGUAGAAACAGCCGGCACUGGUGGAGCAACGCCCCUUUACGUGGCAUCUCGGCAUGGUCACGUUGCAGAAGUACAUCUUCUGAUCGAGUUCCAGGCUACCAUCGAAGGAACGCCUCUUCUCGCUGCCACAGAGUUCGGUCACGUAGAAGUUGUGCGUUCCUUGCUUGGUGCUCGUGCUGACAAGGAUAUCAUUCGAUCUAGCGAUGGAGUUACACCAUUGUUUAUGGCAUGUUCGGCCGGCCAUGAAGAAAUUGCCGGCAUGUUGCUCGAGUCUGCAGCAGAUGCAAAUGCUGCCCGAACAACCGACGGAGCAACGCCGAUGUUUCUUGCGUGCCAGAAAGGCCACAUGGCCAUAGUGCGUCUGCUUAUGGAAAAGUCUGCAGAUCAGGAUCAAUCUCGGCUUGACAUUGGAGCUACGCCGCUGCUAGUUUCCUGUGAGUUCGGCCAUACCGAAAUCGUGAAGCUCUUGCUACAGAGUCGGGCGGACAAGGAGAAAGCCCGCACUGAUGAUGGAGCAACGCCCUUGUGCACAUCGUGCUGUCAUGGUCACUUAGAAGUUGCCAAGCUCCUCAUUGAACAGCGUGCCCGGCUGGAUGAAUCGCUGACUACGACCGGAGCAUCUCCGUUCUACGCAGCUUGCACCAGUGGCCACCUUGAGCUCGUGAACUUGCUGCUGGAUGCGAAGGCUGAUAAAGACGCAGCUCGAACAAGCGAUGGAGCAACACCCCUGUUCGUUUCAUGUGACUUGGAGAAGGAAGAUAUCGUGAACAGGCAUGUGCAAGUAGUUCGCCUUUUGUUGGAGAGCCGGUCUGACACGGAGAAAGCACGCAGCGAUAAUGGGGCAACCCCUCUUUUUCUGGCUUGUGAUUAUGAGGAGGAAGAGACAGCACGCUUGCUGCUUGAGGCACAUGCAUUUGCAAAUGCAGCCCGCACAAGUGACGGAGCAACUCCAUUGUUCAUGGCAUGUCAAAAGGGUGCUGCUUCAAUUGUGUCUUUGCUUCUGGCGCACUCCGCCGACCAGGACCAAGCUCGCUCUGAUAUUGGAGCUACACCACUCACUGUGGCCUGCGAGUUUGGCCAUGAAGAAGUGGUGCGUAUGCUGCUAGAGCGACGUGCUGACAUGGAGAAGCCGCGCGCUGAUGAUGGGACAACUCCACUAUUCUUGGCAUGUGACUUGAAGCAGGAACAUGUUGCAUGCUUGCUGCUUGAGGCACAAGCAUGCCCACAUACGGCCCGCACACUUGAUGGGACCACGCCGCUGUUUAUGGCAUGUCAAAGAGGAUCUGCCUCUGUGGUGGCCUUGCUUUUGGAGCACUCCUCAGACCCGAACCGUGGGCGCUCUGAUGUUGGAGCCACACCGCUCCUUGUCGCAUCCGAGUCUGGACACACGCAAGUGGUGGGCAUUUUGCUAGAGCACCAUGCCGACACGGAGCAGGGACGCAGCGACAACGGGGCAACUCCGUUGCUUGAAGCAUGCAUUCACAAGCAGGAAGGGGUCGCGCACUUGCUACUGCAGGCGCGAGCAUUUGUAAAUGCAGCCCGCACCAGUGAUGGAGCAACACCAUUGUCUGAGGCUUAUCAAUCAGGCUUUGCCCCAUUGAUUCAGUCACAUGGGGUGCAACUCCUGAUCGGGAGCCGUGCUGACAUGGAGAAAGCACAUGCAGAUCGCAU